AGUAAAGAUCAGGUCCAAUUCCCUCCCCCCAGACCCCUAAUACUCCCCCCGUUUCCUCGCGUGGCUGUCGCAAAAGAAAAUGCCUUCAAUCACACUCAUUCCUCUCGCCCUACGUCAGGCGUGUUCACUCCCUCAAAAAUGCUGCGGCUCUCGCUGCUCGUCCACUCCUUCGUCGCUCUAUCCUACGCGCGCAACUCAGACGGCGGCACGGUUUGGGCGACGCCGCAUGAUAGUUACUCCUCGUCAAUUGGCGUCCCCGGGUGCAAAGUCAAUACGAAUCGCAUCGCCUACUGGCCGUAUUCGGUCGACUGCAACAACAUCUGCAUCGCGCUCACGUACCAGGACCGCACCGUGCACCUCCUCCGCGUGGAUCAAUCACAGGGUGCCUACGACGUUAGCUACGAUGCGUGGAAUUACCUCUACACAGGCUACUCUGCCACCGACAAGCCCACGGCCGGCGGUCCCGUCGAGAUGACAUACUCCAACGUCGACGCAUCCAAGUGCUCCGAUUUAAUACAUACAAAGAAGAGCAGGCUCCCGCUUAGCGCAGCGAAUAGCAUGAACUUUUUGACAUCGUGCCUCGAUCGGAAUGAGAGUACGUGGGUGGGCGAUAAUUACGUGCUUUAUAAUAUUCUGGACUCGAUAUGUACGCUUGGACACGAUGAGACGUGUGAGUUGGAUUAUCCGGCGCAGAACCAGGCCAAGUGUCCGCAUACGAUGGGCGUGCCGGAUGAGUUGAAGGGGGAGGCGGUUGUUAAUAUUCGGUAUCCUAGUGGAGAGAAGGUGAGUGCUGCUGAUGGGAAGCCAGUGGAUGAGGACGGCGCGAUGGGGUUGAAUAGCCCAGGUGGUAUGAUGUUGGCGAUUGUCGUUUUGUUUUCGGCGCGUCUUGUUCUUGGGAUGUGAUGCGUGUUGCUGAUGAUGGCGGAGGAUGAUAAUGUCAAGAUACCCCUAGUGUUUUGUUUUAUACCCUUUCAAUUGAGUAAUUAAUUCCGCAUCGCCGAUAAAUAACUUAGGAUCAAUUAAUGUAACAAUUUGGUAUUAACACCAACAUAAGAA